UCUGACUGCUGCCAGACAUUCACGCUUGGAUUUAUCAGAUAAUGCAAAGCAAGCUGCUGCAGUAGCAAACUCAACCUCUAGUAAAUUAGCUACUGAAGAUAAACAACAUGCAACAACAGCAUUAGGCAAAUACAAACCAGCUCAAAUAGCUCCAAAUGCAGAAACAGCAGCUAUGAAGGCUGCAAAAUUAGCACCGAACGAUUUGAAAAAAUCUGAAGCCGGGGAAGGUAGUAAACUAGCUGAAGCUGAAUAUGUUCAGAGUGCUGCUAUAAAGGAUACAAAAACAGCAACGAGCGGAGAGAAAACUGUGAGGCUACCUUCUUCUCAGUUCAAUUCUUCCAAUGCUACAUUGAAAGACGAAUCACAUUUAUUACAAGAAACUAAGCUAUUGACAAAUUACGCUGUUGAUGACGAGGUGGAAUUUUUCGACAAUAGCCUCGAAGAAAAUCUGGAUAAUCAGGGAAAUGAUAUUCAGGUCUGUGAUGCUGAUUUUAUUGGUUUUGAAAUUACAACUGGUUAUGUAUUCUCUGCUCCCGGAAAAAUGUUGCACUCCUUGCCGGGCACACUCAUGCUAACUGAUUGCUUGGAUGCUUGUCGCAAAGAUCCUGCUUGCCAUGCUGUGAACUACGAGACCGGACUAUGCGUGCUCUUUUCGUCAAAUGCAGAUAAAUUACCAGGUGCCCUAGCCAAGUCGCAGUUCCCUGUCUUUACGCUUUAUGCACAAAAAUUAUGUCUUAAAGUACGCCCUUGUCCGCGCGCCUGGAGUAUUGAUCGCGCACAAGGUUAUAAACUUAAUGGUUAUGCAAAGCGAACGUACCCAGUAGUGUCACGAAAAUAUUGCUUGGAAUUAUGUUUAAGCGAGCAGGAGUUUACGUGCAGAUCGGCGAACUAUUAUCGCAACACAAAAAGUUGCGAGCUCUCCGAAAUGGAUCGCAUUACACUAACCGGCACCAGUGCGUUCCAACGCCAAGAUACUGUCGAUUAUCUGGAGAACAACUGCGUUGAUGAGCCGAAUAAGUUGUGCGAGUUCAAGCGCUUGCCCGGACGCAUCUUAAAAACGGUGGAUUCGGUGUUCCAGGAUAUUAGCAGCAUUGAUGAAUGUCGUGAUUUAUGCUUGAAUUCGCCAUAUAGAUGCCAUUCUUACGAUUACGGCGACACCGGCGAUAUGGUGUGUCGGCUUUCUCAUCACAGUCGCACCACACUCACUGACGUGCAAGAUCCUUACCUUGAUGUACCCGAAGCGACAACCUUUGAACUCUCAUCUUGCUACAAUGUGACCAUCGAAUGUGGCGCCAUUGAUAUGGUUGCACGCAUUCGUACCUCGAAACUAUUUGAUGGCAAAGUCUACGCCAAGGGUUCACCCAAAUCGUGCGCGGUCGAUGUAAGAACAGCACUAGACUUUGAAUUACGCAUGGGCUAUCAGAAUCUCGAAUGCAACGUACACCAAAGCAAUACCGGCCGUUAUAUGAACGAUGUGGUGAUCCAACACCACGAUACAAUUGUCACCUCAUCCGAUUUGGGUUUGGCUGUCACUUGUCAAUAUGAUUUGUCGAACAAAUCGGUGGCAAAUGAGGUGUUGCUUGAUGUCAAGGAUGAUUAUGAGCCAGCAUUGAGCGAAGAAGUGAUUGUCGAUUCACCGAAUGUACUAAUGAAAAUUACAUCACGUGAUGGCAGUGAUGUAUUGCGCACAGCUGAAGUUGGUGAUCCACUGGCGCUGAAAUUCGAAAUACUUGACGCGCAAAGUCCGUAUGAAAUCUUUGUACGCGAGCUUGUCGCUAUGGACGGCAAUGACAAUGCGGAGAUUACGCUAAUCGACUCAAAUGGGUGCCCCACAGAUCUCUUAAUUAUGGGACCGAUUUACAAAAGCUCGACGUCGGCGAAAAUACUACUUUCGCACUUUGAUGCAUUCAAAUUUCCUACUUCGGAGUUGGUACAAUUCCGUGCACUUGUUACACCCUGUAUGCCUACAUGCAAUCCGGUACAGUGCGAUCAAGAAGACGGAGUUGGUGAAUAUAGGCCGAUGAAUUCGUAUGGUCGAAGAAGGCGUUCGCUGAAUGUUACAACAACAUUCGAAGGCACUGUGCAAAGCAGCCGUGAACAUUAUAAACAUCUUAAACCGAAGCAACAGCAAAAACGCCUUAGCCUGCGUAGUAGACGUGGAACGACUGCCUCAACUACAGAUAGUAAAUCUAGUCAAGAAGAUAUGCUAUUAGUGCAAUCAAUUCAGAUCACUGACAAAUUCGGAUUCGACAAGCAGCAGCAACAGAAGCAGGCCAAGUUUGCGGCUAACGCUCACACCGAUAACAAACUUAUGGAUGGCACAGCAGAACUUGGAUACUGUGUUAAUGCGAUUG